AUUGUAGCAGGGCUCAAAAGGAGGGGCUUGCAUCCAGCUUGUGCAGUUACCAGGUAGACUUUAUACCUGGGCGACUCAACCUCAGCUCCUCUCAGCAUAUUUUUUCCUAAUAUAAAAGCAAUUCUUUUUGUGUGAUGCAUCGAAACAAGAUGACGCCUGACAUGGAAGCUGUGUCCCCCACCUGCCGGCCGGACUCUCCUGCCGGGACAAGGUGCCAGCAGACGGCAGAGGAGGCGAGCUCUCCAGCCUCCUCAUCCUCUUCCUCCUCGGGGGGCAAUGCGAAGGACAUCUGCCAAGAUGCUCCAUUUGUUCCAACAGUCACCGCAAUUUCCUCUAGCCCGGAUUUCCAGUGGAUGGUCCAGCCUACAGUUAUUACAUCUGUCUCCCCGUCUCCGGGUAGCAAGCAAGCCGAUGAGCCGCAGAACUCUCAAGCGACACCCAAGGAGGGCAGAAAUAAGGGGAAAAAUGCAGCGAGGAAGGCAAAAGCCGAGCAGCUGUCUCCAGAGGAGGAGGAGAAGAAGAGGAUACGGCGUGAGAGGAAUAAAAUGGCUGCAGCCAAGUGUCGCAACAGACGGAGGGAACUCACGGAUACGCUGCAAGCUGAGACCGACAAGCUGGAGGAGGAAAAAGCAUCCUUGGAGACAGAGAUAGCUCACCUCCUCAAAGAGAAAGAGCGUCUGGAAUUUAUCCUCGCCACACAUAAACCGGCGUGCCAAAUGUCCGAGGAGAUGGAGACCAUUUUCCAGGAAUCUACCGGGUCUGCAGAAAUCCCUCCCAGCCCAGGAGAGCACAGGCUUCCAGAUGAUAGCACUCAGGAAGCUCCUUCGCUCCAAGACAUGGACAUUCCGAGUGAUCCUUCGACAGCCAUCUCAGGGAAUUCCAACAUCCUCUUGUGCGCCAGCGCUGAGAUCAACAUCUGCGACCUGGAGCCCUCCCUGGACAUGAAGGAAGGGCUUCUGGACAACGUGCUGCCCACUUUGGAAGACAAACCCCCCACAGAGACGGCCCGAUCCGUUCCAGACAUCGACCUGAGCAGCUCCCUCGGGGUCUCAGACUGGGAGACCCUGUACAAGUCUGUUUCCAACGAGCUGGAGCCUCUCAGUACCCCCGUGGUGACCACCACACCGACCUGCAGCAGCUACCUGUCUGUGUUCACCUUCACCUGUCCCGAGUUGGACUUGCUCACGGAGGGACUGGACAGCCAUAAAGGAGGAGGAGGAGGAGGCAAAGCGGAAUCUGUGGACCUCCUCAACUCUCCAACCCUGCUGGCCUUAUAGAAGAAAGGUCUGAUCUGUGCCAUUUGCUGUUGAGCAAGAAGGGUUUGAACUUAAGCCACGACGUGUAUGCUGUCACACUUUGAAGAUACCAACAGUGAUGUAGCAUGGCUUUUACGUUCACACAAACAAGCGUUCCAUUGCAAUGCAUGCCCAUCAUUUUCAAAACUCAAUUUUAUAUAAAUAUAUACAUAUAUAUCAAUCUAUGAUCUGUUACUAGAUCUAGUAUGUAAUGUGGGAUUUGAUGUGAUUGUGUGGUUAUGUGCUUUGGUGUCAUUAAUGUAUUGAUUGCUAUUAAUGUUGUAUUCACACACACACACACACACACACAUGCAUACGUUCAUGCUUACCUCAAUGUCAUCGACUGUGGUUUGACCUCGUUGAGAAAGUUUUCCAUGAAAACAUCCAGUGCUAUAUACUAUAUAUCUAUCAAGAUGUAACUUAUGAUUUAUUUUUCUACCUAUUUGUUAACAGAUGCAAUGAUUGAGCAUUGAGUGCUUAUCUAUGCUGCUGAAUAAUAAUAACAAUAAAUCUACACUGAGUUGUGUGUUUUGUGCUGCGAUUUGUGUGCGACAAUCCCACACAAACGAAUGAUCUGAUGUUUACAUUCAUUUUCGACUGUUUUUUCCUUGGACGAGAGCC